GGAAGAGAAGAAGCGAAGAGAGUCUGCGAGAUCGGAGCAAACGGGAAAGAAAGUUCAUAGCCCAGCAACAUGACUACCAAAAUGGCAAUAAACGCAAAGGACAUCUUCCGCAACCAGCAUCGGAUGAUCAAGUUCAUCGCCCAGUCCAUCCGCCUGUGCAGCAACCAGUCGCUGAAGGCCGCUCAGGCGGCCCAGCAGCUACAGCAGCAAAAGUCCUCGGUGGACUUUGAGAUCACCGCAUCGGUGGACACACAGUACACACAUGCCCCGGAGCCCAUCAAGCACGACAAGGAUCUGGGCCAUCUGUUCAAGGCAUCGCAGAUGUCGGUGCGCCUGGCCACGCCCCAGCAGCUGCAGCCGAAGCCGGACAACGAUGAGGAGCUGGGCUUUGGCCGCCUCUUCACCGAUCACAUGCUCAAGAUCUACUACCACAAGAAUCUGGGCGGCUGGCAAAAGCCAGAGAUCACGCCGCUGGAGAACCUGGUCAUGCAUCCCGCUGCCAAGGUCCUGCACUACGCCGUAGAGCUCUUCGAGGGCAUGAAGGCGUACCGGGGGGUCGAUGGAAAGAUCCGAAUUUUCCGGCCGGACAUGAACAUGGCCCGCAUGAACCUGGCCGCCCAGCGCUCCGGGCUGCCCACCUUCGAGGGCAAGGAGUUCGUUCAGUGUCUGUCCCGCCUGCUCUCCAUCGACUCCGAGUGGGUGCCGCACACGGACACCGCCAGCCUGUACAUCCGCCCCACACUCAUUGGCAUCGAUCCCACGUUGGGUGUGGCCUCCUCGGACUCGGCCCUGCUCUACACCAUUCUCAGUCCGGUGGGCAGCUACUUUAAGACGGGCUCCACGGGAGCCGUCUCGCUGCUAGCCGAUCCCGCCUACACACGCGCCUGGCCCGGCGGCGUCGGUAAUCGCAAGAUGGGCUCCAACUACGCGCCCACCAUCAAUGUGCAGAAGGAGGCGGCGGCACGGGGCCUCCAGCAGGUGCUCUGGCUGUACGGUGAAGAUCACCAGCUGACCGAGGUGGGCACCAUGAACAUCUUCAUGUUCUACGUGAACGAUCAAGGAGAACAAGAACUGAUAACGCCGCCACUGAGUGGCCUGAUCCUGCCAGGCAUUACGCGCGACUCCAUUCUGAACAUGACCCGCCAGUGGGGCAAGUUCAAGGUGCGCGAGGCCAACAUCACCAUGCCCAUGGUCUGUGAGCUGCUCAACCAGGGAAGGCUGCUGGAGCUCUUCGGCGCGGGCACUGCGUGCGUGGUUAGUCCCGUCAAUCGAAUCAAUUAUCUCGGACAGGACCUCUAUGUGCCCACCAUGGAGCAGGAGAAGCCCGUGCACGAGCUGAUCCGCGAGACGCUCACCGACAUCCAGUACGGCAGGGUGGAUCAUCCCUGGUCGAUGGUGAUUGACUAAGCAUUUCAGCUAACCCCUGUCCCUUAUCCCU